UACGAUGAUUCUGCCUGUGAGGAACCCACCGGAAUAACUCAGAGCUCCGGAGAAAUUCAGACCUCUGACUCCCUCUCUCUCCUCACGUCUCUCUACCUGGUUGUCUCCUCCCCCUCUCUCCCUCCCUCUCUCUCUCUCUCUCCCUCUCUCCUCAGUCUCUCCGCUGCUGCUGAAACAGCAACAGCUCCGCCCGCCUCUCCGUCUCCCUCCGUCUCUGUGGCUCUCUCCGUCUACCUGUCUCCGCCUGCCUCCCCCUUUCCCUCCAUCCACGCGCUGCCCUGCUCCCCCCUCUCGGUGCGGACAUGCUCCCGGGGCUCCGGAGAUGAGGCUCCGAAAUGUCUCCUUCCUGACGGUCUUGUUGUUCGGGCUGUGCGGGCUGGUCUCCCUGUCCUGGUACACCGCCUUCAGCAGCUCCAGAGGAGAUGUGGUUGAUAUCUACCAGAGGGAGUUCCUGGCGCUGAGGGAGCGCCUCCACUCGGCCGAGCAGGAGAACCUGCGGCGCUCCAAAGAGCUGAACCUGGUCCUGGAGGAGAUCAAGAGGGCAAUCGCCGAGAAGCAGGCGCUCAGAGACAUCAACCGCACCUGGAGCAGCCUCUCAGAGGAGACGAGGCUGAAGCUGUGGAACGUGAGCAGCAGUAAAAACGUGCUGCAGCUUCCCUCCAUCUUCCAUCAUCUUCCUCACCUGCUGAACAGAGAGGACAGCCUACAGCCCGCCGUGCACCUGGGACAGGGACGCACUGGAGUCUCCAUAGUGAUGGGGGUUCCCAGUGUGAAGAGGGAGGUCCACUCCUAUCUGACCGACACGCUCACCUCUCUGAUGUCAGAGCUCAGCGCCGCCGAGAAAGACGACUGCGUCAUUGUCGUCCUCAUUGCCGAGGCUGACCAACAGUACGCCAGCAGUGUAGCAGACAACCUGAAGCGCCUUUUUCCAGCAGAGAUUCAGUCGGGUCUGUUGGAGGUCAUCUCCCCGUCGGUCCACUUCUACCCCGACUUCUCUCGACUCCGAGAGUCCUUCGGAGACCCAAAGGAGAGAGUCAGGUGGAGGACGAAGCAGAACCUGGACUACUGCUUCCUGAUGAUGUACGCUCAGUCUAAAGGAACCUACUACGUCCAGUUAGAGGACGAUAUAGUCGCUCGCCCAAACUUCUUCACCACCAUGAAGAACUUUGCGCUGCAGCAGCCGUCGGAGGACUGGAUGAUCCUGGAGUUCUCUCAGCUCGGCUUCAUCGGUAAGAUGUUUAAGUCUUUGGACCUGUCGCUCAUCGUGGAGUUCAUGCUGAUGUUCUACAAAGACAAACCCAUCGACUGGCUGCUGGACCACAUCAUGUGGGUCAAAGUGUGCAACCCUGAGAAGGAUGCGAAACACUGUGACAGGCAGAAAGCCAACCUGAGGAUUCGGUUUAAGCCGUCGCUCUUCCAGCAUGUCGGCACCCACUCGUCCCUGGCUGGAAAGAUUCAGAAACUCAAGGAUAAGGACUUUGGGAAACAGACUCUCCAUAAGGGUCACGCCAACCCGCUGGCGGAGGUGACGACCAGCCUGAAGACCUACCAGCACUUCACCCUGGAGAAGGCCUACUUGGGUGAGGACUUCUUCUGGGCCUUCACCCCGGUGGCGGGGGAUUUCAUACGGAUACGAUUCUUCACGCCUGUUCGCAUCGAGAGGUAUUUCUUCCGGAGCGGAAACAUUGAACAUCCAGGAGACAAACUCUUCAACACGUCAGUGGAGGUUCUGCCGUUCGACAAUAUCCAGGCAGAGAAAGAGGCCUUGAUAGAAGGGAAGGAGAAAACGCCAAAGUACCACCGGACCGAGGACGGCUUCAUCAGAAUCGGAACGUUCCAUAAUGGCAUCGCAGAGGGGGAGGUGGACCCCAGCUUCGGGCCCCUGGAGGCCAUGCGUCUCUCAGUGAUCACGGACUCACCGGUCUGGGUGAUCCUCAGCGAGAUCUUCAUAAAGAAAGCCGAGUGAAGCUCCGCCCCCUCAGAGUUACCUCAGCAGCGUUCAGACGAGCUGACCGGAAGCUCCUCGGCUCCCGUCCUGCCUCGUCCCGCUCACCAGAUCCCCACCGCGGUGCCACAGCACCGCUGCCUGGCAGGACCUCGGCACUGCAGGACUGAACAGAUCAGAGACUGAGACACAGCGACAGGUGGGCUCACCUGUCUCCACCCAGAGGAGCGAUGUCAUUACUCCUCAUCCUGUAUUUAUGUGUACAUACAGUAAGCUCAAUGUUGAAACACUGGUAAUCACGGAGGCUGCGGCAAGAGUGGCGAGCCACCUCUGGUGAUCGAUCUGCUGCUUUGGGACUUCCUGUCUGCAGACGGGACCUUCCUGCCCCGCCCACAGUACCCGUGUAUGUGCGUCCACUCGCUGCGUGUGGUGAUGUGUGUGCUGCAGGCGUUUCCCCUCCUUCAAUUUGCCUUAACAAAGAGCAGAGUCACUUCAAACAGGCCCCGCCUCCCGACAUGUAGCGUCUACAAAUACCCAGAAUCCUCUGCUGCAGCCUCGGACCUUCUUCACGUCAUCGUGGCUUCAAACUACUGACGAAGACGCCGACGAGUUUCUGUUCAUGACCACGUCUUUAAGUUACUGAGGCCUUCACACUGACUGCUCUGUGUCCUGAUUACUCUGAUUACUCUACAGUACACCACUGUACCCUGAGGCAUUCCUCAGUACCAUGUAGUACUCUGAUUACUCUGCAGUACUCCACUGUGCUCUGAGGCAUUCCUCAGUACCAUGUAGUACUCUGAUUACUCAGCAGUACUCCACUGUGCUCUGAGGUAUUCCUCAGUACCAUGCAGUACUCUGAUUACUGUGUAAUACUCUGAUUACUCUGAAAUACUCCAGUGUACUCUGAGGUAUUCCUCUGUGUUUUGCAGUACUCUGAUUACUCUGCAAUACUCCAUUGUAUUCUGAGAGUCUUUGGUAUUCUGCGGUUCCUCAUUAGUACUCUGAAAUAUGCUACUGUAUCCUGAGAUAUUCCACAUUACUCUGACUGUUAUUCAGUACUCUAAUUACAUUGAAAUACCCUAGAGUACUCAAAAAUAUUCCACAGUACUUUGAAUUCCUCAGAAGACUAAAAAUGCUUUGAGGUAUUCCACAGUCUUCUGAGGUACCUUGGAGUACUUUGAGGGUUAUUUUUAAUACUUUGAGGUACACUCCACAGUACUUUGAAGUACUCUACAGUCCCCUGAUUACUCUGCAUUGGUCUUACUCUGCAGUACUCUUAAAUACUUUGCAGUACUAUGAGGUAUUCCACAGUACUGUGCCGUACCUUAAAGUACUACAAUGUGCCUCAGAAAACUGGGGUAAUCAGUGUACUGCAGAGAGUAUUGAAAAAUAACCAGAGAACCGUCCCUCAGAGGGACUCUGAGAUAUUAUGCAGUAAUCUGAGAUACUUUACAGUACUCUGAGGUAUUUUGUAGUACUCUGAGGUACUCUGUUGUACCACUGGGGUGCUUUUCUCCACAGGUCGAUUUUUAGUUUUUCUGAGCAGAUGCCAUCGUCCUUCGGCUCUUUGUCUCGCGCUGAGCGACGGUGUCAGCGUCGUCUUACAGGAGAGAAGUUUGUGAUAAAUUGUUCCCUCGUUUGCAGAUUUUAAUCUUUUCCCCGAACAGCUGCCUUAAAGUGACGUAACUCAUCACAUUAUCAUUGUUUCUUUUGUGCAUCUAACCUUGUACCGACUAAAUUUAAUUGACUUCAUGUUGGAUCAACUGAUUUAUGAGGACAUUUGUCAGAUUUAGGGGCCACAUUACCUCUCUGCAAGACCUGAGAGCGAAAUGAACAUCCUGUCAAAGUUUAUUAAAACUCCAGAAUCACUUUUAAGGAUUUACAUUCUUGGGUUUUAGAGGUGGAUAAUGGCCAGGGCUCUGAUUAAUCUCCUGGGUUCUGGACAUUUUGAGGUCUUGAACUGGACUAAAGUGAAGAGCGAGUGGCCGUCUGGAGGCUCUCUCCUUCUCUAGUGGUUCUGUGGUUUAACAAUGAGUAAAUAUGUGGUGUUCUAAGUGCUGUCAUCUGCCUUUAAAACACAAAUGUAGGACAAAAGAGAGUGUUUUAGUGUGUUGUUUCUUCUGUUACAUUUAAUGCUGUUUUAACUUAAUUUCACCCGUUAUUUCUGCACUUCUGGGAGCUUUAAACCAUGUUAUGAAGUGCGAGUGUUGCUGGAAGGUUAUUGCUUUGAUGCCUGUCACGCUGCGGUUAUACUGGGCAGCUUCCAGUGAAUGUGUUGAAGUGAACUGCCUUUGCACUCAGUGCAGUCGCUCAUAAGAAACAACAAAACAUACCAAGUAAUUCUAAUUUGUUUCCAUUAUUAAUGUACUAAAUAUGUCUUCAAAUACACACAGAAACAGUGGAGUGAAGCUGAAACAUGAAACCGUAUUUUAUUCACAGUAAAACACUGAAAACCUAUUAAAGGUUUAAACUGAGAAAUGGACAAUUUUAAGAAAAUAUGAGCUCAUUUUGAAUUUGAUGGCAAUAACACGUCUCUAAAAAGGGCCAUAUUUCCCUCUGUGCAGCAUCCCCUCUUCUUGAACAACAGUCCGUAAACAUCUGGGCACUGAGGAGAGCGGCUGCUGGAAUUUUUCAAGAGGAAUAGCAUCCCAUUCCUGUCUGAUAAAGGAUUCUAGCUGCUCAUACAGUACAAAUUGGCUUGCUAAUAUGCAGAAACACCACAGGAUGUAACUUUGACGUCUGUAAUCUGCUCACAGUAAUCCACGUGUCCAUUCACAGGAACAGGCUAAGUGAAGUAAAGGAGGUAAAUGAACCACGGGAACAGUUUAUCGAGACUCUCCUCCAUUAAGAUGUGGCUCUCUUUCCUGUACAAACUGUCACUAGUUCAGAUUUUCAGAUGUGAAGUCAGCUGAUCAGUGAUAUUAGGCUAAAUUAACUCUAGCUUCAGGAAACAUCCCAGGAUUUUAUUUUUUUUAUUUUCUUUGAAAGAUGCACUGGAAUGCAUUGCUAUCAUCUUGUAUGUGUCUUUUGUAUCCUUUAGAUAAACUCUAUUUAAAUGAGCUUAAACUUCUAUCCAAUCUGUGAAUUGUAAUAAAGACAGAAAUUUAAGUGGU